GUUCAACACGGAGCAGAAAAUGUUACCAACUUAAGAGUCAAAAUAUCRGGCGAUGGUGCUUCUAUGUCUAGAUCCAGUAAUCUCUUCGUGUGUUCCUUUUCACUUCUUGACAACGCCAGAACCGCUUUAUCCAGUGAAGGAAACCAUGCUGUUGCUGUAGUGAAGUGCUCAGAAGACUACAAUAUUUUGAAAACUUCCUUGAAAAAUGUAAUCAGUGAAGUCAACCAACUAGUUAAAGACAAAGCAAUAAGUAUAGAUGGCCACAAAGUUAACCUUAGCUUCUUCCUUGGUGGAGAUUACAAGUUCUUGUUGUUGGCACACGGAAUGAAUGGUGCUYCARCAAAUCAUUCUUGCAUUUGGUGUAAGAUUUUUAAGAAUGACAGAUGUGACCUAUCGCUACCACAUUCUCACUUCAAAACUAACAACUUAAAAAGAGAAAAAGGCGCCGACUGGCACAAACAGCCUGGAUGCUUUGGACAUCCCUUCUUUGACAUACCCCUCAAUAAUGUUGUGAUAGAUGACCUCCACCUACUGCUUCGUGUCACGGAUAGGCUGGAAAAAGGAAUAGUCAUGGAAMCUUUAGAUAUGGACCAGGUUUGGAUAUUUUAUUGCAUGGACAUUAACUACAAAGCACACCCAGGCAUUGAUAGCAGCCAUGAAAGCAAUUGGAAUAACUUUUGGAAUAUGGUAGAAAAGAAAAAGGAGAGCUCAGCAUAUGACUGGACUCCCCUUAUGGGUAAAGAAAAAGCUCUAAUGCUAAGAAGGCUUCCAGACCACUUCAGCUCAUUUCUACAGCAAUCAAGCGUUGAACCAACUAAAAAGCUUUGGGUGGAUUUUGCACAACUAUAUMAUCAAGUUAGAAGAGAAAACUCUGAACAAGAUAUUGCAGAAUUUGAAAAUAAGGCACGAAGCUGGGGACAACAUCUCUUGAACAUGCGAGGGCAUGGUUAUACAUCAGCAAAUGCCAUUACCCCAUAUAUUCACAUAUUUAUCUAUCAUGUACCUGAUAUGCUCAGGAAGUACACUAGCAUUGCUAUCUUUGCAGGGCAGGGAGUUGAAAAGAAAAAUGAUGAUUUUCGCAGAGCAUAUCACCGGAAGAUCAACCGGUGGGAUGCGUGCCACAGUCUUCUAUUGAUUGAGAAGAGACGAGAAAAUUUACAAGAUAAAAAAAGGAAAAAAAGAAAUUACAUCAAGAUAGACAAAGRACACUGGCAGGAGGGAGGYAAAUCAGAAGUUGUUCGCAAAAUCCCAAGAAUAUCAAAUGAGAUUGAAACUGAGCUACAACCCAUCCAGGAAACAUUAGAGCAAAUAAAGAAAAUGAAGACCGACCAACUUGUGGAACUCCUGCUUUCACUCGGCAUCAGUGUCCAGAAAAAGAAAACACCCAAGAAAGAUAUGAUAAGAAUGAUUGAASUUCGUGARGCCGCCCUUKAGGCUUACCUUGAAGAACUGUCGUCGUACCUACAAGGCCACCUCGACAUCAUUGACCAGAGACAUCGCAACAUGGACUAUAUUACGAGAUGGUAA